AACAGACUAUGAAUACCGCCCAUAGAGUUCACUGAUGUAACGCAAAAGUGCAUAGCGCUUUUAUGGGACUGUAUGGAACUUUCCACUCUAUCUAAUUUUCUUUGUACUAUGGUUUUGGCUGUUAUAAUCAUGCUGUUAUUACGCACUAUAUAUUAGCUGAAACAAGAGAAGCACGAAAGAUUGCUUUAUCGAUUCAAAUUAUUCGAGCGACCACAUAAUCAUGCUUAAUAUGUAAUAGCAGUCAUAUCUAAGGCUAGUCAUUGUUAUCUACGCGCUUCAUCCAGAAUAAUUAUCACGAUUACCUCAUGUUAUAAAGUCAAAGCCGGACGUCAACAUGGUAUCCUCGUGGUGUUACUUUAUUUUACCAAUGGUGUUGAUCAUUGGCUUGCUUCGCAAAUGUCGUGAGCGCACUUGGGGUAGAUGCAAGAGUACCAGUAAUCUGCAAGGCCAGGUAUUUCUUGUAACAGGCGCUAAUUCUGGUAUCGGUAAGGAGACUGUGAAGGAACUUAUUAAACGAAAAGCCACAGUCAUUAUGGCCUGCAGAGAUGUACAGAGUGCUAAGAAUGUAAUAGCUGAGAUACGUAGUAAAAUACCGACUGGCGAAUUGAUUCCAAUGGAAUUAGAUCUUGCAUCAUUCUCGUCAAUCAGAGAGUUUGCCAAUGCAGUGUUAAGAAAUUUUCCCAAAAUUCAUGUAUUGAUUAAUAAUGCAGGUGUGUAUGCACCACUCAAAGAUCGCGCAUUGACAAAAGAUGGUUUUGAGAUUCAUUUUGGAGUAAAUCACUUGGGCCACUUUCUGCUUACCAAUUUACUUUUGGAUCGCCUAAAGCAAAGCGCUCCCAGCAGAAUAGUAGUAGUGACGUCCAAGCUUCUGGAAUCUGGAAUAAUAGAUUUUGAAAACUUAAACGGUGAGAGGGGAUUGCCGGUGAAGAGUAGAAUGAAUCCCGGCUAUUGUAAUUCAAAACUCGCAAAUGCAUACUUUGCUGCUGAGCUUGCAAAACGAAUAGAAAAUACUGGUGUUAACGUCUAUAUGGUAUGUCCAGGAUUUACUUACACUGGUCUAUUCAGAAAUGUAAAGAGAAGUUGGUUUCAUUAUAUUAUUUUCUCACCUGUUGCGCUUAUGUUUCUACGCACUGCUAAUCAGGGUGCGCAAACAGUAUUGCAUUGUGCAACAGAAUCUUUAUUAUCCGAAGAAAGUGGACAUCUGUAUCGUGAUUGUAAACUUUACGUCUCGAAAAAAGAUUUGGAUUCUGAAACAGCGCUCCGCCUGUGGGAUAUAAGUGCAAAAUUGACUGGCAUAAAAGAGACAGUGAAAUGAAUGAUGUAUGGAUAUUACAUGACCAUCCUAACUUCACUUCUAUCAUAUAUUUCAAGUAGCAAUUCACCGUUUAUUUUUAUAUAUAAAUAGCGUAUAAAUAAUGUCAUGAUACACUUCUUUUUCCAUUUCAAUGUGUUCAAAGUCAUGACAAAAAUGACUAAUUUUAUACAAUGUCCCAUUUAAAUGACGACCUCGAAUAUCUCUUGAACAAUGCAUUUUAAAGAAAAAUGUUUCAUAUAAAAGUUGGAGGGAUCAAAAGAGGGCUAAUAGAUGAUCUUAUUAGAUUUUGGGUCCGGGGUCCCAAGGCCCAGGUCGAUUUUUUAGAUAAAGCCUACUAAUUUCUUAUCACUGAUCCAGGUUUAACGUCUUCAAUUCAAACAGUUUGUGUUUUUGAUAGAUUGAUUUGAUUUUGGUUCCUAAUUAUUAGCAGAAUCAUAACGCGAGUCAAUCCUUAUUGGGCUUAACUUGGGACUUAGACUCAGCAUUCAAUCUAACCAUCAGAUCGCCAUCUCCAAACCUUAAAGUACAUAAUUUUUUUUAGAACCCAUCAGUUUUGGGAUUGUAUGCCCAAAAAUCGACGUUUUGUAAUGAAUUACAUAAUGAUAAUGAUAAUAAUAAUAAUAAUAAUAAUAAUAAUAAUAAUAAUAAUAAUGAUAAUGAUAA